CCGACUCCCAGUCUCCCAGGCCCCCUACACCCUUCUCACUGGCGCCCGCAUCCGCAUUGCUUUUGGCAGCAAGCCAGCUAACCAGCUACACGUCCUUGGAAGCCCUAGAAGAACCCGAAAGAGCUUGAGCACUAGCACCACCACUACCAUCAUCACCGCUAACCCGUUGCUCUAUCAAAAAAGAUAGAGCCUCUUCCUGCUGCCCGCGGCGCGCUGCGUUUACUGCCAAUCGUGGGGCACCCCUUCCCCUCACUCGACCACCACCGACCGAGCACUACAGACACCUCCAUCCCAACUGGACGGGUCUUUCAAUUUCCUCGACUGUCGCGCAUUGCGAACCUUUGCCCCCUCCAACAGCCUCAGAGGCCAAUCAUCCGGUGCAUCCCCAGGCCUCAUUCCUGGUCGCUUACAGAACAGUAUAUGCACCUUUCGACUUUCUAUGCAGCGGAACCAUCUCUUUUCUCUAUCCUGUCGCGCUUCCGGCGCAAACGCGCUGAGGGUGAGGGUUGAGCACUCGUGUGCUUCAUCGCUUCAUCGUGCCCGUGGCCAUGUACUCGACGCAAACCACCAACGGUUUAGUCACCGACGGCUCAGGAACUAUCAAUCCCGCCGCGCUCAAUUCAGGUAAGAGAUCCAUUUUGUGUCUAAUAGGCCGUUGGCUACCGAAGUCCGGAGGUUGGCACCGGUGGUCAUCGUAUCGAUAUUAUUGAUGCGACGGGAUUCAUUGCGAACCGUACUGAUUUGGCUUCGUAGCAGCUCUGGCAAACUCAACCGCAAAUAUAGCUUCCGACCAACAGACCCCACGGGGCAUCAAACGAAGUCGCUCGCCCGAUAAUUAUGGUGGUUUGACGCAGAACGAUAACUUGGGAGAUGGUGGUAUGUCGUCCUUAAUUCCAAAUUUGCAAGAUUCGCUCGAGAGUGUUGCGCCGAUGGCUCUGUAUCACUGGCGCGCGCGGCCGAAUACAAGGCACAUAUGCUAAUGAUGUCUCAUUCUAGGUGACUCAAACUCACGAAAGCGAGGAAGACAGAUGAAGCCAACGCGUCCCGGUGUACCAGAGAACCCAAAUCAGCUUCCAAUGCCUCAUCCACAGCAAAAUAAUCCCCCUCCGCAAACGCCUCAAUCGCAGACAACCACCCUUCCUCCUCAGUCACAGUUGACCAACAUUACUCCUACACAAUCAUCACCGCCCAAGACGACUCCAACCAAAACCAUAAUCAAGGCCUUACCCACCGUCCGAGACCACACGACAGACCAACUAGGCCCAGAAGGAGAUGAGUACGUCCCCCGGGAAUAUGAUGAGGCAGGAGAGAAAAAGGUCACAGCGACGGGACACCUCCAAGAAGGACGCGAAUAUAGAUGCCGGACAUUCUUCGUGCCAAAUAGAGGGGAUAAGCUUUUUAUGCUUGCUACAGAGUGUGCGCGUGUAUUGGGUUAUCGAGACUCUUAUCUGCUAUUCAACAAAAAUCGCUCCCUUUACAAAAUAAUUGCUACUCAAACUGAAAAGGAAGACCUGAUCCAUCAAGAAAUUCUUCCGUUCUCGUACCGGUCUCGCCAAAUCGCAAUUGUUACCGCUAAGUCCAUGUUUCGGCAAUUUGGAAGUAGAGUGAUUAUCAAUGGGAGGCGGGUCCGGGAUGACUAUUGGGAGACUAAAGCACGGAAACAGGGCUUCACAGAGGAGGAUCUGGCUGGUGAAAAGAGACCAGGAGCAGCAAAGGCUCGAGAUGCAGCAGCUGCGGAAGCUAAUGCCAAUGCCUCUCUAGCCCUUGGUCACGAAAAUAUUGUAUACAGCAAUACUCCAGCCCAUUAUCCAGGCCAUCAUCCACAAGGACCUCCGCCACAGACUGUUCAACCAGGCAUGAUUGGUGCACCUGGUAGCGGUACAACACUUCCAAUGAUCACUCUGGCCCCAGAUCAAGCCGAUAUGCGAUUGAGGGACUACAGCAGUAUUCAGAGACCCCGACAGGAAAUCACUGGCCCAGCAUAUCAAGAUCGUACCCAGACCAGCCCAGCUACCGAUAUUUUGGCAGGAGCCCAGAACGCGGCAGAGUACAACAAGCAGGUCAAUUCUCAAAGAAGUCGAAGUAGUGAGUAUCUCGAUCAACGUUGGAGACAACGACACGAAGCCCAUCCCGGCCUUGCACAGCAACCCACUGGCACGAAUGAAGGUAUCCCUACAUCACAAGCGUUGCAAUCCCCACGAACUACUCAAAGUGGUGUUCAGCAAUCUACAAUGGCUCAGCCGGCUCAGCAUAUGAUAGCGGGCCAGAAUUAUUCUCAAGCUACCCACCAAUCUAAUGCUGUAGCCCAAACUCCUAUGCGAUCAUCUAGUCAGACGACCAUGCGGCCAGACCAAAUUGGAAGGUCUCCUGGCUUGCCUAUGGGUUCAAGCAACCUCAGCCAAAGUGGCAAUCCCUACACGUUCACUCCUCAGACUCAAAUGUGGCCGCCAUCUCAACCUCAGCAAUCCCCGCAGCACAAUUUCCCAAGCUAUCCUUCACAGCAUGGAUCUCAACAAUCACCUCAUCUUCAGCAAGCCACUCCUCACCAACCACCUGCACCUCAGCUUCGCCACUCUGGUAGCAACCCACAAAUGCAGCAGGCAGCUUUGCAGUAUCCAGCAAUGCAAGGUAUUACCCAAGGAUAUCCAGCUCCGGGGCGAGGACUCUAUCAGCAAGACCAAGGCUCUCAGCAAUUCAUGCCCACCACUUCCGGUCCCCAGCCUGGUGCUCAGGGCUGGGCACCACAGCAACCUCCUGGAUCAGCUGGUUCGUGGGGUUGGGCAGGUCAAAGCCAAUGAAUCAUGAGAAUAAUUUAGGGUUAGGGUUUAUGGGGUCGCGUUCCUCUUUUUGUGCUGGUUCGUGUAAUUAUAGCAUCUGCUAUUCUUCUUGUGUCUUUUUUUCAACUUACUAAUCACCCGCCAAUCCUCAUCGAGUAUCCUAAUCAGCCUGUCGUUCGCGAGUGGAACCCUUCAAUUUACUCGUCUCCUUUUCUUUUCAUUGCAAUGUGUUAUUCAUUAAACUAUUCAUUUUUGGGGGAAGGAUACGUGUUUGAUUUAAUGCAUUUUGGCAUGUCAUGGCUGGAACGUUAGAUACCUCUUGUUUAUUUCUAGGGCACUUUUCGCGGGUGGGUGGAUGAUAUUUAGUUGGAAUAUAAUAAACAUGUUUUUCGCUGCC